AUGAAGUUCUCCGACGCCCUCACUCUCACCGUGGGCCUUGCUACUGCUGCCAGCGCCAGUCCUGUGCGACGUACUGAUCAGGUUGCUAUCACCUUCAUCGGCGCUGCCGACGCCCAAUUCUCUCAGAGCUUCCCCACGGAUGGUUCUCGGGUGUCCAUCACCAAUCCUCUGAGCAUCUCCCACAUCUCAUCCGGCACCAAUGGUGUCUCUUGCACAUUCCAUGGCAUUGACAACAGUGACACCACUGUCAAUGGAGCUCAGACUGUUGAUGUUGGACCCCCUCAGACUCAGGUCUAUGGAUCCUGCCACUUGAAUGGUGAAAGCCCUCAAGUGUCAGUCAGCUUCAUCGGUGCCGCGGAUGCCCAAUUCUCUCAGAGCUUCCCCGUUGAUGGCUCGUCUGUGCAGAUCACUAACCCCCUGAGCAUCUCCCACAUUGAGAUCAACUCUGCUGGGGCGUCUUGCGUGUUCAAGGGAAUCGACAACAGCGUCACCACAGUCACUGGACCUGCCACUGUCGAUGUCGGCCCUCCUCAGACUCAGGUCCAGGGCACAUGCUCGGCUGUCUAA